AUGAGCGUAGAAAUAGAAAUGAAUAAUAUCAUAAUUUUGGAAGGAAUCGAAUCGGAUUUUGGGAUAGCAUCGCAACCAGAAUUAAUCAAGAACAUAAUACGAGCUUUAAUGGACACCAAUUUGAUAUGUGAUUAUAUGGCAGGGAAUCGAAAAGUACGAAGAAGCCGAACGGGUGCAAAAUAUUUCAAUGAAUUCCGUACACAUUUUUGGGAGAGGCCUGAAGACGAUUUUGAUAGAAUCCGUAACAUUAAUAGUUCUAAUCGUAGACAAUGUAGAAUUGAGGGAAAUAAUACACCUGCACCAUUCACUGGGGAAGUUGAACAUGAAUUAGGUCAAACAUUGCCAGGUAAUCGAAGAAGCCGAAGAACUUCCGUUGAUAGUCGAAGAAGUCGUAGACGGUCAGCAUCUCCAUCUCCACCCCGUGAUGCAAUAAACACUAAUACAAACAAUCCUGGUGUGGAAAAUCCUGAACAAAAUAUUGAUGAAGCACGAAAUAAUUCUUCAGAAAUGAAUCAGAGCCAAGUUGUUUCUAACCGCGAAGUAGUUGUCUCUGGUAAUAUACCCUUGUCUCAAAACGACAGUGAUGUUAGUAUGUAUGAUGUAGGAGAUAGUCAAACAUUUUCUAAUGUGGAAUCGAUAAAUGAAGAGGUUGGAUAA